AGCCGCUGUGUCCGGAGCCGCCAGCUCAUUCCCGAGCUGCUCGGGGGCCCACGGAGGGGCGGAGGGGCUGGGGCUGCACUGCUUGGGGUGCGGGACACGUGGAGCCACCGACCUGCCCAAAGUGUCCCACGCUGGCCCAAAUCCAGCACAGCAGCGUGGGACGGGACGUGUAAAAGGCAGAGGGGCUGGGGGCACCUGGUGACCCCAGGCAGAGCCCCCGGCACGCUCCCCGUGCCGCGGGGUGCCGCGGGAGGGCUCCUUCCCCUCAGCCUCUCCCCCUCCUCGCCCUGGCAGCAGGGCCCGCUGGCGGUCUGGGUGGCAGGCGCCGCUUCCCCCCGCUAAUCCCCGCAUGCACGCAGCCUCCACCUGCUGAGCCAGCGGGAGCCAGCACCCGCUGAGGAGCUCGUGGUGUGGUGAGGGCUCCGCAGCCCCCAUCCUCCCGCUCUUGGAGGAUCCCCGGCACCAGGCACGGCGGCAGGCGGGGAGCUGAGCCCCGGAGGUCUGGCCGUGGGAGGAGGCGGAGGGACGGCGGGGUGCCGGCUGACGGGCACGGACAGAGCUCCGGAGAGCAUCACAGCACGCAGGACCCGCGCUGAGCCUCGCUGCGGAAGAUGACAGCAAGAGACGGGCCACAGGACAGGUACAAGGCUGUCUGGCUGAUCUUCUUCAUCCUUGGGCUGGGAACGCUGCUGCCAUGGAAUUUCUUCAUGACUGCCAGGGAGUAUUUCAUCGGCCGCCUGGAGGACGCGAAGAACAUAAGCCAGCUCGGGAAUCAGAGCACUGGGGCUGCCUUGUCCCACUCCUACCUGCACUCCAUGUUUGACAACUUCAUGACUCUCUGCGCCAUGGUGCCCCUCCUCGUCUUCAUGUGCCUCAACUCCUUCAUCCACCAGCGGAUUCCCCAGCAGAUCCGCAUCCUGGGCAGCCUGGUGGCCAUCGGGCUGGUGUUCUUGAUCACCGCCGUCAUGGUGAAGGUCGCCAUGGAGCCGCUGCCCUUCUUCAUCUUCACCAUGAUCAGCAUCGUCUUCAUCAACUCCUUCGGGGCCAUCCUCCAGAGCAGCCUCUUCGGCCUGGCGGGGCUCCUGCCCGCCAACUACACGGCUCCCAUCAUGAGCGGGCAGGGCUUGGCGGGCAUCUUCGCCGCCUUGGCCAUGAUCUUCAGCAUCGCCAUUGGCGCUCAGCAGCCAGAGAGCUACAUUGGUUACUUCACCACGGCGUGCGUGGCCAUCCUGCUGGCAAUCUUCUCCUACAUCCUCCUGCCCCGCACGGAUUUCUUCAGGUACUACUCCAUGAAGGACAAGACGGAGUACCACGUGUACAACGCGGAGCUGGAGACCAAGAGAGACCUGAUUAAGAAAGAUGAGCUCAACGGGAUGGAGCAGAAUAACUCAAAGAUCAUCCCCGUCCACAGCCCUGACGAGAAGUCCUCGGUCAUCUCCAUUUUUAAGAAGCUCUGGCUCAUGGCUGUGUCUGUCUGUGCAGUCUUCACUGUCACCAUCGGGGUCUUCCCUGCCAUCACAGCUAAGGUGCACACCAGCCUCGGAGAGGAAAACGAGUGGGGUCUCUACUUCAUCCCCGUCUCCUGCUUCCUGAUGUUCAACGUCUUCGACUGGGCAGGACGGAGCCUCACUGCCCUCUUCACGUGGCCCGGCAAGGACAGCUGCCUCCUGCCAGUGCUGGUGUUCCUCCGCGUCGUCUUCAUCCCCCUGUUCAUGCUGUGCAACGUGCAGCCCCGGCACUACCUGCCCGUCUUCUUCUCCCAUGACGCCUGGUACAUCAUCUUCAUGAUCUUCUUCUCCAUCUCCAACGGCUACCUGGCCAGCCUCUGCAUGUGCUUUGGGCCCAAGAAAGUGCUGGCCCACGAAGCAGAGACAGCCGGCGCAGUCAUGGCCUUCUUCCUGGCGCUGGGCUUGGCCCUCGGAGCCGCCGUCUCCUUCCUGUUCCAAAUCCUCAUCUAGCAGAGGCACCCCGAGGGUGCAGGGACACCGCCACGGCUCCGCAUCCUCCUCCUCCUCCUCCGAGGCCCUGGCCACCUGAGCGCUGCGGGGACAGAGCACCCCGCGCCUGCCCCUUGCCACGGCAGACGUGACACCCGGGGACGGUUCCACUCCUCCAGGGCUGGCCUGGCUCCUGCCACGCUCGGCCGUGCGCUGCCUUCAGGCCUCCGUGCCUUCGCCCCCCCCGUGCUGUGUGUAAGACUCUGGGACCUCAGCCAAGGUCCUGCUGCCUCCCGCGCCGUGUAACUCCCCCAGCCUGACCCCGACAGCCGCGCUAAGCCUCCUGCACCUCUGCCAGGCGGCCUGGAAGGCUGGCACCCAGUGUUACCGCCCCUCCUGCCCCCACGCCUCGCCUCCUGCCCCGCUCCCUGCCUUGCUGCCCUCCCCACACACCCUGCACCCCCUUUCCAGCUCCCCCCGUGUACCACGCACCAGGUCCCAGCUGCAGAGAGGGCAGGGGGCAGCUCCCCGCCCCGUGUCUCUCCGUGUACCCGUUUUCUAUAAAAAAGACCAAAAUCUGU